AUGUCAGUAACUCUUCAUACAGAUCUUGGUGAUCUCAAGAUUGAAGUAUUUUGUGAAGCUGUACCAAGAGCUGCCGAAAAUUUUAUGAAAUUAUGUGCAAGCGGAUAUUACGAUAAUAAUUUAUUUCACAGGGUUUAUGGAGAUCCUACAGGAACAGGAAAAGGGGGAACAUCAAUAUGGGAGAAAAAAUUUCCUGAUGAAAUUAAAUCUUCACUAAAGCAUAACACUAGAGGUAUUGUUUCUAUGGCUAACAGUGGACCUGAUACAAAUGGAUCACAAUUCUUUAUAACAUAUACUAAAUUACCACAUCUUGAUACAAAAUAUACAGUGUUUGGCAAGUAA